AUGGCUCUUUUCCGAGUAUGCAAAAAGUCGAAUGUGGUUUAUAAGCUUUCUAAUAUUGCGCGGAUCCUCGUAGAAUCGACGCGAUGUGACGAUGCUGCAGCGAUUCGCGUUCCGAAUAGCAUGAAUGGAGCGGACGGCGAAGUGGCGAAGGCAACGGACGUCCCGUUGCUCAAAGCUUCACGAGAGACGGAAGAGGCGACGACGGCGGAACAACCGCAGCAGCAUCACUCAUAUUACCGCAAUCUACGCGCCGCUAUUAUAGCAGGCCUCGUCGUCGCACUAUUAAUUCCUACAUUGUUAUUCGUUUAUUGGCGAUUUUCUGAUUGUACCACCGAGCAAUGUGUACUCACCGCAGCUCGUCUCCUCUCUAAAAUGGAUCGAUCCGUUGAUCCAUGCAUCGAUUUCUACGAUUACGCUUGUGGCCAAUGGAUCAAUAAUUCUGUAAAUCUCAAUUAUCCGUCAUGGAAUGUGCUGUAUGAGACGAAUAUGAAGGCGCAUGACAAGAUAGUUCAUGCGAUUCUUAAAGUGAUAGACGGUGAUUCAACGAUUCCAUUGAAUCGAGGAGAACGAGCUGCGGUUGAACUGUUCCGACAAUGUACUGAUAUGGACAAACUGCGGACGAUUGGACUCAACACCUGGCUGCGAUUUGUCGAGGAACUCGGUGGUUGGAUGCGAGAACUCGAGCAGGAGGUACGACCGGUGCCACUUGAGCUCUCCGUGCUACAAGCUUUCAAUUAUUCCGUUUUUCCUCUCUUCUGGGCAGGAGUUGAAGUCAACUACUUCGAUUCUAAGACGCAUUUGAUUACGAUUUACGAACAGCUCCCUUUACUGCUCAAUCCGAGCGUAUACCAGUACGAUGUUGCUGUAACCGCAGAAAUGAUCCUGAACAAGGAAGGGCCUCAGGCUACUUCACUGCUCCAGGAGACCGGCGAAGAGAUGGCCGUUCUUCUAGGCUUCGAACGGACUUCUCCAGCACUUCGAGCAAUGAUCGCUAGGAUGAUCGAAUUAGAAUGGAGGAUUACAGUCAGCGGUAGUAGGUUUUACAAACAUAAAAAAGAGCGCUAUGAGGUGAUCUCUAUUGCUGAACUGCAAAUACUAGCUCCAGCGUUGGAUUGGACAUUAUUCCUAUCGUCGUUAACUGGAGAAGAACUGCGUCCUGACGAGAAAAUCGCUCUAAAAACAGGUCGUGAUUGGCUGAUCAAACUUUCGCAAAUACUUCUCGAAUAUCUGGAAACGGAAGGAGGUCGAGCGGUCAUAAGGAAUUACAUCAAAUGGAAGACCCUCUUCUUUCAUUUGGCCUACGUGAAGCCGAAGUGUCGCGAAGGAUUUCUGUGGAGUGUUGUCGAGAUUUAUUCCGGGCCACCUCACCUCCGAAAGGAAUUCUGUAUAAUGCGAGCCUCAGGAAUCUUCCCUUUGUCGCUGCCAUCGGUGCUCAGAAAAAUUGACGGAGAGAAAAAAGCAAGAGAGAGCAAAGAAAUGGUUAAGCAAAUAGCUUUAAAUAUUAUCAAUGAAUAUAAGGAAAUGCUCCAGACAAGCACCAUUCUCGACAACGUGACUGCUCCGAUGGCAAUGCAAAAGCUUUCCAACAUGUCAGUUUUAAUCAGCUAUCCGGACAAGAUGGAUAAUCAGUUGGCGAUGGAGAACGAAGGCGAUCGAAUAUCCACAGAAUUAUUCUGGUCGAUGGUGUUCGGAGCUGGGGCUGUUUAUAGGGAAAAAAUAAGAAGACUGCGGAAGCCAGUCAAUCCAAGGGAUUGGGUCGACUCAAAACCUGCACUCUCCUCCACACCAAUCCACAAUUAUGAACGAAACUUAGUACAAAUACCAUUCGACGUCGUCCGAGCUCCCAUUGCCGACAUUGAACUGCUCGAUGUGAUGAGCUACGCUUCAGUCGGAUCGAUCAUCGGCCACGAGAUCACGCAUGCGUUCGAUGAACAAGGUAAACUCCACGGCCCAACCGGAAAUCUCGGCCAGAAUUGGUGGUCGAGUGAAUCCAGAAGGAAAUUCAACGAACGCGAGCGUUGUUACAUCGAACAAUACGCGCGUCUCACAGGAUCCGAUGACGAGAGUGAAGCUCGGAAUUCGCUCUACGAGAAUAUCGCUGACAAUGUUGGUCUAGAAGUAGCACUAAAGGCAUGGCAGGAAUACGGUGAGCAAUCGUUCUGGAAGCUGGCCGGACUGGGCUUGAAUCGUGAUCAGCUCUUCUUUGUUGGUUAUGCGCAAAGUUGGUGUGCUUUGAAGAGUAAACAGCAAAGAGGUGUACACAUGGUGGAAAAAAUGAGGGUCACUGGUUCGCUGCAGAACUCGCCCGAAUUCGCGUCUGCAUUCUCGUGUCCAGUAGGUUCGCCAAUGAAUCCCAAGAAAAAGUGCACACUAUGGCUUUUGGUCGGACCGACGUGCGGGAUACAAGGAUACCAUGAGCCAGUCCUGGCUCAGCAGAAACAGGGAGUCCAUCCAUUGAAUCCACCCGCGUCUCUGGGCAAGCACAAUGUCGCGUUUGGUCCGCGAUUAGCCCCCUAUCCACCACCCGGGGACGCGCCACGUAGCCUCGCGACUAACCGGCUAUGA